GGAGGAGGGACCCAAAGCAGCACUGCAGGUCCAGCAAUCCACACUCACACUUGGCUUUCAUUGGAUCCAAAGGGGGAACAAACUAGGAAUUUUUUCCCUCCCGCCUUGGGCCCCCUCUCCCUACUUUCCGGCACCCCCUUCCCACCACCAAUUUGGCAGCAAUGACCCCCUUUGACAAGAGCUCCGCCGUUGCCCAGCUUGAGAGCUUGAGUCGUCGGCCCCGUUACUGCCUGCAGUGCUCCUGAGUUCGAGGGCGGCUGCCCGGACAGGAGAAGGACCAACGAAGGAGACGGCAGUACCCUCAAGGAAGUAUACAAGGCUGGGAAUCUCACCGUUUUUGCUAGCGACUGUCAGAGUCUCGCUCAACAGCCGGUCCAAUUGGACUUCCAUUUUGCACGGGGCGGCCAAGGUAUUGCGCAUUGGCACGGCAUCCUCCGAGAUAACGCCGUUUUCCUCGACGUCCCCCGCCUCGUGCUGGACUUCAACAGCCGCGAGAGCUUGGCUGCGACGCUGGAAUACAUAGAAGACAAGACGGAGGCAGAGCGGGUGUUUGUCAACUUCAGCAAGUCUCGGCGCGACCGAGGUGACCUGCUCCGGACGUUUGGCUUCUUGGGUUUUGAACUCAUGCGGCCGGAUGACCCUGCCCUUCCGCUCUGGGAGGAUGCCGUCUUCAUGGUCUACCCCAUGGAACGAGAAGUCUGCCCAGAGCAGGCCGAAGAGAUCCUAAAAACAGGCCUACUGAAGGACCAGGAUGAGGCUAUGUUGCUGGGAUGACCAUGAUGGGCACCUGUCUGGGAUUUGUAAUCCAAAGUGGCAUUAAAUGGGCAUGAAAACACUG